UUUCUUCAACCAUGGCGCGAAUUUAGCAAUCAUCGUCUGUCAGUAUUUAAUUUUCUAAUUUCCCAGAAUUAUUUGUGAAUUUCACGGUUGUAAAAAUUCCGCAGUGAAUAUUUUUCAUUUUGCAUCAUAAUGCGAGAUUCGGAAGAUCUUUGGACUCCUUUCAAAGACUUGCAAAGUCUAGUGGAGGGAGCGAUACUGAAGUCUGGCAGCCACUUGUUUGAAUUACUGCGGGAGUCACUGAACAAAAACAAACAAAAUUUGUUGAAUCCUCUGAAAAAUCCUCCAAAAAAUGCCAAGAAUCGAGAAGAGUUAUUGAAAAGUGUCACAGAAGGAAUUACUUUACCUGGCAUCGGUCAUGAGAUAUUGCCACAGGAACUCGUCGAUGAGGCAAUCAUCAUCUCCGAUAUGUAUAACCUCAACGAAUAUUAUGCUUUGGAUUUGCUUUGCACUGCCUCACGCCAAAUGCCCAAUCAUCCAGGUCUAACGAGAGGCUUAGUUGCUGUUCUCCUGUAUUAUGAUGGCCGAAAAGCACUAGUAAGCGCUUUGCAAGCUCUGAUCCAGGCUCGGGCUGGCUUGCUUUGGGCAACUGACAGUUUGCCACAAGUCACCGAAUUUAUAACAGCAUUCACCGAUUCCUUAGUUGCAGAUGGUCUUUUAGAAAACAUCAUUGGAAUACUGGACACUCUGGAUUUGGCCAGAGAAAUAUCUCUGCUGCAGUCAAAUCGAGCACUGGAUGGGCCUAAACACUGUCAUCAAGUUACUGAAAUUUUCACUGGAAUUAAAUGUUCUCUCGCUAACAUAAUUUACCUUCACUCUGCACAGUCUGGCCUCUCAAAGCAGACAACCAUGAUUUUGAUGGCCCACUUGCAGAAUAAUAGAAUACAACCGGAUGCAGAUGGUGCUAUUGAUGAUGUUUCAUUAACGUUGACCAUUGCACUGUUAUACGCUCUUGACUUGAGCCUUUUCCAACGGAAAGAUAAUUCAGAAGAACUAGUAAACAUACUACCUUUAUUGAGCGAAGAGGACUUCUUGCCUGCUGUCAUCCGCGAGUUGACUCGUGUUGGACAAACUUGGAACUCUCCAGAGAUUUUAGCGCUCGCCCGACUUGCCCUAGGCAUCUCGCUCAACAUUUUAAGAUCAGUUCCGCAAUCUGCUCUACCAUCUUCUAUUUGCGAUGAAGAUGACACUCUAAUCUCCCUUGCUCUUGAUGGCAAAGUCUUAGAUUUUCUAUACAACACUCUUCUAUUGAACAAUAAUAUUUUCAAAGAAGAGUUUUACAUAAGAAGAAUACAUCAGCUAAUUACGGAUUUGAUAGCUCUAUUUCCCCUGCGAAUCCAAGAACUUAGGAAUAGAGCAGAAGAAGUAGCUAGGACUAAACAAGCUCAUAUCCAGGAAGGGCUUGAGCCUCCCAGCAAUUUGCCACACCACUUUGAACAUUUGAUGUUGGUUAUUCAUCGUCUUUACUCCUCUGACCCCCUUGACUUGCAACUCAUGCUGGAUUACUGGUAUCCGCUGGAAGAAAGUUACUCAAAGGGUCACACGUAUUCCUUCAAAUCACCUCCAAGACAAGUGUCCUUAUUUAAAUUUGUCCGCUCUGCUGGUGAUCAUCUUCCACCGAUGUUAUUUGUUCCUUAUAUUCAGAUGUUAACAUCUUUAGCAUCUUGCGAACAAGCUGCGCGCCAUAUAUUCAACCACAUGAAACAAAAUAAUGAAAUGCUCUCUUGGGAUCACUUUUUUGAGUCAUUUAAUAGGUAUUAUUUCAAUUUGCGUCAAGAACUGCCCUUGACAACAGAUACUGUUUAUCGCACCCGAUCUCAUCCGAAAGGUAUAACACCUCUUGAGAUCCAAGGACUACAUGCUGUUUUAGGUCUCAUCAAAACAGUUGCAACUCAUGAUGAUGUGUCUCGUGUAUCUUUUUGCGAAAUCCCAUCCUGGAAUGUGAUAAAUGUUUUCAUUGGAUUGAUCGGUUGUUCAGUUCAAAUUUCCUUGAAAGCGGAGCUCCUCCGAACUCUAGCAGCUUUUGCAAAAUCCUCAACCAAUGCCAUCACAAUCUGGCACAGCCUGGAAGCAUCUCAAAUCCUGACAACCGUACCAACAACUUCUAAUUAUUCACCAAGAGGCCUACAGACCGAACUGGAAGAAUUAGAAGCUAGAAAUGAAGAAUUUCCUCUUACAAGGGCAAUGCUGGAGUUAUUGGACAAAUUAACAGACAUUCCAGUUCCAAAAAUGCUCGGAGCAGGGCUGAGGAAUCCAGGAUUUGAUCCAUAUUUGAACUUCAUAAUGAAUUUUGUAUUUUUAAGAUUCAACAUCAGGCAGUACAAAAAUCCUGCUGAGAAGUGGGAAGUAAGUUGUAGCUGUAUGAAGCUUAUCUACAAACUUCUUGAGCAGUAUGAUCCUCAAGUUCAAGAUUUCAGUGAAAGUAGAGUCGAAAUUCACGGUGGAGGUUCUACUUGUGUCAACAGACCAGCCGGAUAUCAUAUAAUGCUCAACAUGUCAAUGCAGUCAGAACUUCUAAAAAUGGUUCUCUUCCUUGUUGAUGAAGGGUGCAACCUCCUUGAUACAUUCUCAAUGUUUUCGGGCAAGAGCGACCUUGAACAAUCAAUGCUGUACUGUCUCAAGCUUCUGGAAAAAGUCUUGGCACUCACUCCAAAAUUCUUGUUACUGAAUAACUCAAACAGUUCCCCAGUGCUUCUCACCCCUAUUUACAAGCUACUCAUGGGUAUCAACCCUCGUUCAGGAAAACCCGAUCAUCUGGUCAAUAUAACCAAGUAUGUCACCUACAACUCAUGGUUACCGGAGCAUUCCCUAGCCGCUGUACAGAUUCUGUUGGCUAUGAUGUCCCACUCAUUUGCGCAAUCGCAUCUUGUAACGUUUUUCACUGCAACCUCUUCUUUGAGAGUUUCAAUUCGACAUGGCUUCGUCGAGUGUAUGGACAGUGAUGACUUAGAUGUGGAGAACGUGGAUGAGCAAGGAAUGGGGGUAGUUUCAAAAACAAAAGAAGUUAUUCUGAAACUCCUAAUCAAAUGUUUGAAUCAUCAAGCUCCAAACCUGACCCAUUACCUCCUAGGAUUUGAUCUGAGCAAAGAUAUCAAAAGAACCGUCUUUCAACAACCAGGUUACUUGGGGCAUCCAAGGACAUGUCUCCAUUCACUUCUCUCUCUUCUGAACAACUCUCUUCUUGAGCGAAAACAACUUUUUUGGCCUCCUAUUCAUCCAAGAUUGGUUGAAAAAGGAUAUCAUGUUUUGUACACCCUCUGCGCUAAUGCCAAAACAACAGAGCCAGUCUUCCGAUUUUUACGCUCUUCAAACGAUUUUAUCGACAAACAUUUAUCAAGCUUACCAUUCCCAUGUCAAAACUCUCCCACCAUCUUGAAUCAGAUGAGCUGGUUGCUCAAAACGGUUGCCAUAGAAAUCAAAGUGCUCACAAAUAAUGAUCAGUUAUCGCAAGUGACACAUCUGCUCAACCUGCUUACAAGAAAUGAAGAUCAUGUGGAGCCAUCUCAAGAAUUGACGCUUGACUCGGUAGAGGUAUUCAGUCUAAGUCAUGACCCUGGUCUACGACGGAAAAAAGAAGCUGAAAAGAAGUGUCUACUGCGGAGGUUGCUCAACCUUUUGAAAUUCAGCCAUGAUUCAGUUCAGCAACCAAACUGGAACUACUUUGAACCAUCUAUGCUUGAGAAGGUCAUCAAUCAGUGUCAGGUGCCAGUGAGUAACAACAAAGUGAAACUCAUCAAUGUGAAGCAACUGCACCAAGUCCUCAUUGAUGAGUUGUCAACCGUUCAAAACGGCUCUACUGUUGGCCAAAGACAGCUCAUACUCCAGGAGAUCGAGGAUGUUCUCGUUUACGCAUUGAAGUUAAAUGAGAGCAGGUGUUUGGCUGCAUCAACCGUUCAGUACUUUGAUGCAUGGCGUCAAGUAACUGGUAUCAUUUUCGCAGUUGCACCUCUCUCGCUCUUCAGUUUCAAUGACAGGUUCCAGUUACUGUUGGAGAUAAUGAAUGACAUGUUAAACCAGAGGAAAGUAGGGAACGUGUCUUUGGAAAUGGAUAAUCUGGCUAGUGGAGUUGUUCUGCUGCUACUCGUUGAUGCAAGACGCAAUUAUAUACAAAUUACCAAGUCAGCAAUAAAUGAAGCUAAAAAAGUAUCAUUUUUCAAGUCGUAUACGUCAAUUUUUCACUCCGUUAUUGAUUCAAUCAUAUCCUGGAUUAUAACCUCAGGAGCAAAAGCACAAAUGAUCCGUUGUAAUCUAUAUGGAUCUUUGCUCAACUUUCUUCAUUUCUGUGAAGAAGAAACCAAACAAAUCAGUGCCAGAAAAACCGCCGAAGACGUUGAAGUGAAUGAAGUAGAUGAAUUUUUCAUGAAUAGAAUAAGGAAGCUCGGAAGCAGUAUCAGCGAAACCUCUCGCUCGCCUGGAACAGAUGUCAUUUUAAAUUUGUGCAAAGAGCCACUAUUUCAUGUCUUGUGCCAGGAUAGCACAAGUGGACAUGACAUCUGCAGAAUGCUGGCGCUCUCAUGUCUAGACCUCCUAGUCCACACUAAUCCUCAAUGGGUUUCAAUUCUGUCAUCAAGAGGUUUUAUCAAAUACCUCGUGGAAUGUCUACUGGAAUCGGAUGAAGAGCUACAAGGCCUUCUUUCUCCAUCAAUAAAAACUCUUCGCCCCUUAUAUGUUUAUGAAGCGAAGAUGGCCCUUUUGUGUCGCAUAGCCACAACACCGUUCGGAGCAGAGCUCAUUCUCGAACAAAAAGCACUCGGAGCUCUCAGUGCGUUAGAAGUGUUCAAUGCCCACCCAGACAUUCUGUCCUAUACAUCUGCAUCCAUGGACAUAGAUUUUCUUCCCAGCAUCGCCAUCCGAUAUCUUCAACUGUUAACACCUGCACUAGCCUUGUGCCGAGUCGUUUUGAUCACGCUUGGGAAGCACAAUGAAUCUGCUGUUCUUCAAGUUUUUAGUUUUAUUUUAAGCCAUAGUGAUGCUAUUGCUCAAAUCCUUAGAUCAGGAAAUCCCUUCUUACGGUUACCAUUCUUGAAAGAGCUUGCACAAAUCACAGCUCUUAUAGCUUUCACAACAAACCAAACAGUGAAUGAUGACUUGGAAUAUGAUGUUAGUCAAGAGAACCUCUCUCAUUUGCAUAGGAUAAAGAAGUUGAUGUUUAGUUUAGUGCCACGUUUUGUAAUCUCAGAUUCAUUAAUUCGUAACAUCAACACAACCAGGACAGAUGUUAAAAAAGGGAAAAGCGAAGUCGUGUGUAAUGUUUUAGAGGUAGCAGGAAAUUUGUUGAUGUACGUUAGGAAUUUGACCACUUUGAGUAGUGCAGAUAGGCGAUUGACUACGCCUGUUUUAGUGCCUGUUUUUAACGAUACCCUUAGGUCAGCGGAAGAUAUGGACGUCGUAACCAAAGAUCUGAGCCUAGGAGUCAUUGUAACACAGCUUGUCCAAUGUGUCGCACAUUAUCAUCGAGAAAGGGCGAACGUCAACCUCCUUAGCAGCACACUGUCCUCAGUUCCAUCCCUCACUUCCACAGCUCUACAAGAUUAUCUUCCGGAAGGCUCGAAGAAUGUUCAAAGUCUAGAAGAAUUACAAUAUCUAGCAUCAACAGAAGUUUCGGAACGAUUGGCUGACAAGAAGUUGGAACUAAGUCGCUGCUUGUUUAUUAUUGAACACUGCUUCUACUUGAUCUGGUCUCAUUUAGAUUAUUACAUGCUGAGAGCCAUCCCAUCUACCUCGUAUGGCAUCUCUUUGAAACCAUCUCCUCUUCCAAAUUCUAAAACUCCAAAACAAAUGAGCGAUAUCACAUGGAAUGUUUCAAUCAAUGAAAUUAGGCAGCUGAAGGAAGGUUUGACCUCCAUAUUUAAUGAAACCUUCUGUAAAAGUUUGGUUGAGCUUUCAGAGGAAGAAACUUCUACAAAUAAAGGUUUCAUUGAGGCUUUGCUGAGGAGGUUGAAAAAACUUCUUCAGUUUGUUCCCGAAAAACCUGGAUCUUUCAUUACAAACGGCACUGCUGACAAAUCAUUAACUCAUUAACCAAUUGUUAAAAAUGGUGAUUAAGCACCGAAAGUGAAAAUUAAGUGAGAUUAGUCAAAUUAUUUUCUUACGGUUUUGUAUCUAAUUAUCAGAAAAGGAGCUGUCUAGGAACAAAUUUAUCAUUAACAUUUUAAAGUUUCAAAGAACUUGUAAAGAAUUUUUACUCUCCUUCAAAUAGCUCAUUAAAAUUUUUUUGUGUCUAUCAAAAAAAAUCAAAUUUCAAAUUGAAGCCCUUGCAAAAUGAAUGGUUAUCUGUACAUUCCGUGUAAUAGUUUUUUCAUGAAAUAUUUUUGUACCUUUCUAAGCCAUACUUUCUGUAAUAGUUUUCUGAUUUACGAUUACACUGAAAUUGAUUUUCCUUGUAUGUAGAAAAUCGUGAUUGUUUUGAAAUGUGAACAUAAAAGAUACCCACGUCACAAAUUCAAACAUCUUAAGAAAAAAUCUCCUGGUGAAACAAUAUUUCUCAUUCAAGCAUUUUGAAAAUAGUAAGGAAAUGCUUUGAAGGUUUUGAUCCCAGAGAAACAACCUAACUGGGGAAUGAUAAUAAUUGGCUGCAUAAAAUGUGUACAAUUCAUCUGCUAAAAGUAUUCUACGUGAGAGAAUAUUAGAAUUCAUCCAACAAUACCGCAUUGACUUAUUUUCCUCAAAUUACCAUAGUAGGAUUGUCUACCAUGGCUUUGGCUUUUAGCUGCACAACAUUGGAUUUUUUUAAAAAUUUUAUAAAAUAACAACCUGAUUUUCAAAAUGUGUAACUGACUGAAUUAGUAGGAUUUUGAUAAAGAGUCAUUCUCUUUUUUUAAAGCUGAAAAACUUCUGAAGUCAACUACAUAUUAUUAAUUAAUGGUAAUAUGCAACAGUUACACUAGUUUUUAAUUGUAUCAAAAUGGUUUAAAACAAGUAUGUUUUUGGCCAAAAUAGAAUCGUAAUUUUCUGUAUAAAUUUCUGCCUGAUCACAUAUUGUCUGAUUUUUUACAUUAAAGUCAAUGUGAAAGGAAAA